CUAUUUAUUUAUUCACGCAUGCGCAGGAGUUCGGAGCAAUCCAAAACCGCUGUUUUCGCAGGCCCAACCUCAGCACGGCGCCAGCACAGGUGCUUGUCAGGGCCGGUCAGGGCCAUGAACAGCAUUGGAUGAACAAGCAUUUGCAUGGUUUAGAUGACGUGCCGUCGAUGCUUGUGCUCACGUGCUACCGUUUUCGUCUAAAGCCUUGUGCUUAAGACCGCACCGCUGACUGCCGAUUGUCAUCCGUUGCCCAGUGGGCGCAGCUAGUGGGACUUUCCGUACCGCACACACCGCACUACUAUCCGUACGCCGGCCCAUCAGCCGACGUUUGUGUGCAAAGCAUGGCGCUGUACCAACCUGUCCAGUCGUGGAUGAAGGCCUCUGAAGCCGUCAUCAUUGGCACCGAACAAGGCGAUGGAUUCACGGUGUACCGGGUUCAGGUGACAAUCUCCCCUUACUGCUGGGUGGCGAAGCACCGGUACAGCGACUUCAAGGAGCUCCAUAACAAGCUUCGGCGGAACUACCACGUGGAGCGGAGUCUCCUGCCGCCCGGCAAAGUCCUAGGGCGCCAGGCAGCCAGCUUUGUGCAGCAGCGUCAGGCCGAGCUCGAGCACUACCUCGUCACGCUGGUGCAUCACUUUGCAGAUGCCCUGCCACUGCCCCUGGCACGCUUCCUCCACUUCGACCAAUUUGAGGUGCGCACUGUUGUGGCCGACUUGGCCGAGCAGCUGUUUGAGACGGGCGAACGGAUCCUGGCUGGCGACUCCCGCUUCUGCACCACCCCACUGCAGCUGCACUGCCUCACCGAGAGGCUCAAGUUGGCCGAACCGACCUGCAGUUCAGAGGACAAGCGGCGAGACCUGGCCCAUGUGCUGGACUUUGUGUCCCAGCUGAAGCACCUUGAUGUGGCGGCUGAGCCAGGCUGCCUGGGCACCAGCAAUGUGCGCCCCAGCUGCCUGCCAUUCGACCUGUCCCCUUUUCGGAGCCUCCGCACACUCCGGCUACAAGGCUGUGAGGUGCGUGGACAGCUGUCGGGGCUGGACGUGUUGCGGCCACGCUUGCAAGAGUUGGUUGUCGAGAGUGCACUGUCCCCCAUGGCAGACUUGUCGUGCAUGCUGGUCGCCGGAGACGUCUGGCAAGCAGCAGCAUGGCCUCAGGUGCUGCGGGCGCGCUUCAACCACAACAGCCUCAACACGAUUGACCUCAGCGUGCGCCUGCUGACAUCAGUGGAGCACCUGGAGCUGGUGGGCAAUGAGCUGUCGCAGGUGGAGAACCUGGAGUGCCUGUCACGUUUGUCGACACUCAACAUGGCCGAGAACAGCCUGCGGCAGUUACCCCCGCUGCACACCCGCUUGGGAAACGUGCGGCAACUCAUCCUGGCAGGAAACCAGAUAGACUCUCUGGCCGGGCUGUCACGGCUGUACUCCCUGGUGGAGCUGGACGUGUCGCACAAUGCCAUUGCGCUCGUCUCCGAGGUGGGCCACGUGGGGGCGCUGCCGUGCCUCGAGAGCCUCGAUCUGCGUGCCAACCCUGUGAACCAGCUGAUCGACUAUCGAGCGCAUGCGCUGCUCCUGUUUGGAGGUCGUGCGCAUGAGGUUGUACUCGAUGGGCAGAAAGCAACGCAGAAGGAGCUGGACACGGUCAACGUGUUGCGUGCCUUGCAAGUAGCCAAGGAUAGGCGACCCCCCACGGACACGGCAGCAGCGGGUUGCCCCAGCGCCAAUCUGCAGCCCUGUGCCCCAGAUGGCGGUGCGCCUGAGCUGAGUGGGCGACCUAUGGACGAACGGCCAGACGCAGCAGCAGACGAAUUCCGGCAGCAGGUGGCCACAAUGCGGACCCUGGGGGGCACCGACUGGCUGCGAUUGUUCAACCGCAUGAGCCAGCAGCAACAGAUGGCACAGCAGCCGAACCCUGUAGAGCCAGCACAGUCCUUGCCAGCAGCACCGAGUUACUCAGACUGUGAGAAGCCAAUUGGUGAACUCGCUCUUCCAGACUGGCUUCUACGGACCGGUCUUCAGCAGCCAAGCUUCCAGGACCAGUUGCAGGCUCAGGCCAAGGGCCUUGCUCCAGAAUGGGUUGCCUGGUGCACGCGGAUUGAGGCACCAACUGUGGCAACAAGUGUGGUCUGCAUUGUGGCCAACUGCACCGGUUUGAAUCUACUCGAGCUGGAGCAAGUGCAAGGUAGCAGUGGAGCAGUGGUGCCGCAGUUUGGACAGUGCAUAACCAUCGCACCCUCUCGGAUGGAGCGUCUUCUGAGGGGCCCGCACCGGAGCUACAUCGAGCUGAGGACAGAGUUACAGUCUAGGACUAGCGGUACACUCCUGCUGCCUGCUACAGCCGAGGACGCGGAUUACCUGACGCGCCAAUUUGCUGCCACGUUUGGCCUGGAGUGCCAAGACAAGUUUGCGCCGCCGCACAUUGAGCGUGUGGCUGCAGGUUCGACGUCUGCUGCCGAUGUGCGGUUCUGCGGACGCAUGCUCUCGAAUGGUGCUGACAUGGGAAUGGUACAUUAUGUGCUCGUGGCACGCAAAGAGAUAGUGGUAGUGGUCGAGAACGUGUUUAGCACGGUGAAGCCGUUUCGAGUGGAGCAGACGUGGAAUGUCACUCUGCCCGUGGUGGAUGUGCAGCUUCCCGAGCACUGGCCAGCCUCCGUGGCCUCCAUAGACGAGUUCAGAAAGUGUGGUUUUGGUGUGAGGAUCAGCUUUGAAGGAGGACAGCAGUUUGAGGCGCGGUUCCAAGUGAGAGAUUCGCGCAGCCAGUUCCUUGAGUCUUUUUUGGCUGCCAGGAACUCUUGACAGCGAUCGACGAACACUUUGUGUUCUCAGACUUGCACCUCGCAACUUCCACAUGCCGCAUCUUCUCCGUCACAAUCGGUGCAGGUAGCUGGAACUAAAACGCGUUCCAGUUUGUGCCUUGUGCAUGACUUGUGGAAAUGUGACUAGAACUGAAAAUAUAUUACCACUGGCUCCUACACUUGCUGUGUGCCUUUGACAAGCCAUCCAGCAGAAUGUUGGUGUUUUCAUGAGAGGCUUCUGUGAUUAAGCGGUGUGAGCUUUGAGGAACAAAAACCCAGCGGUUUUUUAAUUUUCAUGUGUGUUCACGUACUUUGCAUUUAAAAAAAUCUCAACCAUCCUGUAGCAACAUCUGUAUGUAGUAUUUUCAUUGCGAUUGUGUGCAUUUGCACUUGUAUUCAUGUAUGUGUUAGUCACAAGAAGCUACAGGUGGAGUUUGCAGAUUUUUAAAGAGCAUGUUGUUGAGAGCUUGUACUCGAAUUGAAGUAUUGCUACGAGCCGUGGGUGGGCGUAGAACUUAUGCUAGAAUUUAGCGCAACAGUGCAUGUGGUGGAGGCCAAAGGUGAGCACAGCUGACUGAUGCUAGUCCUAUCUCAGCUACUGAAGCAAUGAUGUUUGUGAGUGUUUGGUUUUGCCUGGUUUCAAAGUAAAAGCACGUGUUAAGGGACGAGGUAAAGCAUUGGGUUAGUGCGCAGAGCUGUGCCGUGUCUUUUUGUCUGGUCUUCUGUGUUUGUGGUCAGUUGAAAGCCAAGUUUUCUGAACUAAUAUUGUCUGAAGUCAGUGGCAAAACUUAAAGCCAUGGCAACUUAAAUGGUACCACGUACAGAAUCAGUGUGUUGCAAGUGGUGAAGCAGUCUAUGUGUGAAAAGUGCAAAUACGUGUGUGAAGUGCAAGUCUGUAAUAAGUGUGUGUUGCGAGAACUUUUUUUUUCUCCCCAUAUUCUACCCGCCUGUUCCCCUUGGUUUUGCACUCUAGCCGUUGUGCCUUCACCCCUCAUAAAGUUCACGUCUUCAGCGGAACACAACAGCCAAGACUGAGGAACAACAGUGCACGUAGGCCCUAUGACUUGUUCAAGGUGCUUGCCUUAUUUGGUGUGGUUACAAUACUGUUUGAGUGGCCAAGUCGUGAAUUGACCUAACUGAAGAUGUGUUUGUUUCAUACGAUGGGGGGGGGGGAACAAACGAAAUGCGUAGCAACUCUGAAUGACACUGCCAAAGUUGCCCGAGUGUUGGUGUGAUAAAGCGGCAUUUUAAGCACCUGUGAA